AAGACAUGGUAUCAGAAUCGAAGGAUGAAGCUGAAACGCCAGCACCCACUGGGCUGGCCUGAACCGGACAUCAGCCCCUUCUCCGGCCAGCCUCUCUCUCUGGAUCAGGGACUGAUGCCAGACCUGGUGAAGUGCCACAUCCAUGGCCAUGAACACAGCUCUGCUCUGUGCAGUGAGGAGAUGAUGGGACAGAGAUCACUGAUGGAGCAGCCGUUCUCCGAGCUACUACAGCCCCCCUCCGUCCAGGGAAAUCUGGAGACCCACCCUGCCGGUUCCUGCUUCCACUUCCAGACCUCACCGUCAGAGAACCACCUGGACACUCACCUGGGCGGCUUCUGCCAGGAGCACCUGGUGGUUCCAGAGACGCCACCUCCACCAUUCACAGACCCCAGGUGUGGGAUGGGCCGGGUGGUCCCGGGGGAUGCCCCCGCCCCCUCUUACAUGGAGCAGCUCCAGAACCCACCUCUGUCGCCCACCUACUCAUUGACACAAGCUGAGCUCUCGUCCCUCCCGGAGGUGAGGGUCAGAGUGGGGACCAGGACCACUCAGGACAUUCACAUCUACCAGAACGGCUGGAGCUCCCUGCAGUCGGGUCACUGCUCGGGGUACAUGAUGAUCACUCCACUGCUGGACACCUACGAUGCGGAAUCACCUGCCUACACACAGUCCUGUAGUCACAGCUUAGUGGGCUGAGACUGACAGACACAGAGUGCCGGAGUAACUCAGUGGGUCAGGCAGCAUCUGUGGAGAACUUUCUGAUCCUCACUGAGUUACUCCAGCACUCUGCGUCCAUCUUUACUACGGUUUGUUUUUAUAAUAUUUAGUUGGGUGAGACUGGUCUAGUGGUGAAGAAAUGUAAUUCAGUAAUAUAACAUUCCCCUCAUACUCUCUCUCAUUUCUCUGCACCUUUUGCCCACCCCCCCCCCAGCCCCUCUCUCCUUUCUCAUCCCC